GAUAGAUAUCGAUCGAAAUGGGUUUCACUAGUAAUCUUGGGUUAGCGCUUUUCCUACUAUCACUGUUUUGGGAAGGUUCGAUGGGUCAAUCUGGGUGCACGAAUGUGCUCAUUGGAAUGGCUCCAUGCCUAAACUAUGUUACGGGGAGUUCCAAAACACCAUCUUCUUCUUGUUGUUCAUCUCUUGCAAAUGUCGUUAAAUCACAACCACAGUGCCUUUGCACUGCUCUUGAUGGUAGCACUAUGGCGUCACUAGGAAUCAGUAUCAACAAAACUAUCGCAUUAGCACUUCCAGCUUCAUGCCAUGUGAAGACCCCACCUGUUAGUCGAUGUGGUGGUGGAAAUAAUGCACCAGUGAUGGCUCCAGUUAGAUCUCCCCAACACUCACAUGGUGAAUACUUGAAAGGACCUUCACCAGCCAGCAUAUUUUUCGAAGGAUCCAAACAAGUUAUGUCAACCGGUGAAACAUCUGAUGCUGCUUUUUUACGUAAGUAUAUGCACCACAUGGUCUUAUCAGGUAUUGUGAUCAUGGUAGGUUUGCUACCUUGAAGGCUUGAACCAUUAGCAAUAUCUAAGUGACUCCUUUGGAGAUGUACUAUAAAAAAAAAUAAAUGAUGUGUGUUUGCAGUU